AUGGACUCGGACAUCCUCGACAUCCCUCCUGGCAGCCUUCGCGUGCUACGAAGACUCGAUAUAUGCGGUGGCUUGGAAGAAGUAGAGCGUAUGGACUUGUACAAGCGGCUGAAAGGCAAACCAUGUACCCUUGCCUACUUCAGAAAGGAAAUCGAACGCGACAACCCCCGCACCUUCGCUGAAAUCGCACAAUUCGCCAGACUGGCUACUCAAGCUAGCGACUUCUUCUCGGUGGAAUCCUACUAUGAAGGCGAGAAGAUCUACCGCGUCAUCUCUCUUCCAGUUGAAGACAUUCCCAACACUGUUUUCCAGCGUGUGCAGACCACAGUACACAAAGUUCCUGUGCCCCAGAUGUAA